UUCCGGCUACGCAUUUCCGGCGUGUUCUUCUGCACCGCCCGCCAUUUUUAAAUUCAGAAGUUCAGGUGAAAGUUCAGUGAAGAAAAUGGAAAUGGACCAAGUGACCGAGCGAUUAGUUGAAGAAGUGCGGAAAUACAGCCAUCUGUAUGACUCGUCUUCUGCAGAAUACAAAGACUGCCAGAUGGCAGCGAAUUCGUGGAGAGAGAUUUCCUCCAACGUCGGUUUGGAUGUAGCGGAUUGUAUGAAGAGAUGGAAGAACUGUCGAGACAAGUACGUUCGCCUCCGUAAAAAGCUCGCCACAAGGAGCGGGGAUCCAGGAGGGAAAAAAGUCCCAGCGUUUUAUUUAUUCCUGUCUUGGCUGGCACCUCAUGUGAAACACCGGCUUACGGAGUCAAACUUUGACGAUAAGGAUGGGAGCGAUUCAAGCUCAAACUCCAAUGGUUCGGCUGUUGUGAGACCUUCAGCCAAUAACGACCAACUAGCAUGUCCACCGUCCCCCCAGCCAUCUCUUCAGUCCCCCCAGCCAUCUCUUCAGUCCCCCCAGAUAUCUCUUCAGUCCCCCCAGACAUCUCUUCAGCCCCCCCAGACAUCACUUCAGUCCCCCCAGACAUCGCUUCAGUCUCCCCAGACAUCGCUUCAGUCCCCCCAGACAUCUCUUCAGUCCCCCAGUCCAAGGAUGGCACAGAAAAGGAAGAGGAAGGAACAAGAGGACUGGGUCCAAAUGCAAGUUGCUCGGUUGGAGGCUCAGUUGGAGGAACGGCGGGUCGAGCUGCAACAGAGACUGAGUCAUGGAAAUGACGAGAGCGACCGGUUUGGGCACACUGUUGCCGACAUGCUGCGAAGGGUGCCGGAGGAGCACAGGGCGCAGGCAAUGUUUGAUGUGUCCAAGGUCCUGUUUGAGUGGCAGCAGAAAAAAUAAACAAUUGUGCCUACUUCUACAACAUUGCACCUUUUAAUUCUGUGCACUAUCUUUAUAUAGUUUGCACUUUUGCAUCUUUUAGUAAGUUGUCUGUUAGCACAUUUGUGUAUAUAGUUUGCACUUUUGCAUUUAUUCAUAUUUUGCUUGUUUGCACUUAUUUGUGCAGGUUUUAUUGUUUGCACAUUUUUGUAAAUAGUAUGCACUUUAGCAUUUUGUUUUUUAAUAAUUUUGUCUGUUUGCACCUAUUUGUGCAGGUUAUACUAUAUAGUUUGUAGCUUUUGUGUACAGUUUUCUCGUGCAUUUUUAUUGUUAAUA